AUGGAUUUCCUGAACAAGGAGGAUGAUAGCUUUGGUGUCGUGGGGCGCCUUGUCAUGCCCUUCUGGACCGUCAUCAUGAUCAUCUACACGAUGAUUCAAGCCUCUUGCGGCGAUGAAACCGUCAACAAGACACUGCCAGGUGUCAAGUCUUCCGCUUCUGCGGUUCCCGGAGCCUUCCCUGCUUCGCCUGUUGCCUCUGCUGCUGCUUCGCCUGCAGCUUCGCCUAAGGUCUCGCCUGCAGCUUCGCCUGCCACCUCUGCUGCCGCUGUCUCGCCCGCCGCCGCCGCCGUUAUCUCCUCCGUUGCUUCUGCUGCCGCUGUCUCCCCUGCUCCCGCUGUCUCUCCUGCUGCCGCUGCCUCCGCUGUCGCCUCUGCCCCUGCCAACCCUCGCCUGCUCUCUGUCGAGCAACGUGAGGCCGCAGUCCGCGAUGCUGAGCGCGCCCUUCGAGAACGCGAGGAGACCCUGGCCUUCCUGGAGAAAGGGUUUGACGACAAGGAGGCCCAGCUGCACGACAAGCUCGCUCGUGUGAACAAGCUGGACGAUGAAUGGAAGCUUCUGGAAAAGGAGCGCCAACUCAUCGACGAGCGCAGCCGCGAUCUCUUCCGUCCCACUCUCAAGAAGAGCACGGAUCCACUCCACCGACAGAUCAAGGAGUGGAAGCAGAGACAUGCCGACGCUGUCCGCCAAUUCGAGCAGGCCAGCCAGCAGGCCGCCGAGCAGGCUGCGGCCUAUCAAGCACUGGUCACCAAUUUCGACCAAGCUGUUGCCGCCGCCACCAAUGAAGAGUGGACUCGCCGCGGGACCGAGCUGGAGCGCCUGGCCAAUGAUGCGAUUCUGGCUGCCCAGCGCGAUGCUUCCGCGGACAAGCAGCGGGCUUCCGAGGCCGAAAUGCGAGCUGGUCUGGUCACGAGCCAAAACAGCAAGCUCGAAGGCCAACUCGCCAUGGCCAACACGACCAUCGUCGGACUUCGUGAUCAGCUCGCGCGCGCAACCGAGCGGUACGAGGAGGCCGAGCAAAAGCUUGAGCGCGUCCGCAAGGAUGAGGAGGUUGCUAUCAACCGCCUCCAGUGGGGUUCCUCCGUCGACAUGGAUCAGGACACCCCGAUCCGUGGCAGCACCGACGACCCUGCUGUGUCGCUCACGGCCGCCUUGCGCGAGAUCGACCGCCUGAACGGUCUGUAUCGUGCGGACGUAGGCCAGCUCCGGGGCAAGAUCAUGAGCCAGAACGGCGAGAUCGGUCGCUUGACCAAGCAAGUCCGAGCGCUGGAGGCCAUGCCUGAGGUCAACGCCCUGACCGUCACUCUUUCUCGCGUGGCUCUUACUCCCGCGGCCCCUGCGACGACUUUCGAGAGCAAGCUCGUCCAGACCGAGGAAACCGGGACGGCCAUCGAGGCGAAGCUUGCCGAACAGCAGGCCGAGCACCAGAAAGAGUUGAUGGCGCUCGACUACCGCAGUCGAGAGUUGAUCGACGGGACUCGUGCCAGUCUUGAGGCCCAGGUCCUGCAGCUCGAAGAGGCCAACGCUCAGGCCCAGGCUCUCUUGGUCGCCCGCUCCGCUCAGUCUGAAGCAGAAGUUCAGACUGAGCCUGUCAUGGUCCUCUCGGCAGAGGAGGCCGCUUACGGCGCUUCGUUGGAGGAGCAAGUCUCGUCUCUGCGGGAGCAGAUCCAGCUGCAGACAGAGCAGUUGGAGCAAGUCGCCGGUCAAGUCAACGAGCACCAGGCCCUGCACCAGAAGAGUCUCGCGACAUUGACCCAUGUAAUUGGGCUCGAACUCAGUGCAGCGACCCUCCGCGACCUGGUCGACGAGGCGUUGAAGGCGUUGGAGGACAUCGAUCAGGCAUACAACGACCCUGCGAUGAGCCUCCGACUCGUCAACCUGCUUGGCCCUGAAGGGUACCUCAAGAACUCUUUGGAGGACCUUCAAAUCUCGGCUGACAUGCUCCUUGGUGGGUUGCAAAAGACCGACGAGGGAAUCGUCAUCGUGGAGCAAGCGAAGUCACUUCGCCAAUUGUUGCCUUCGUGA